ACAGAAGACUACGCAGGAAUUCCAGCCAUCGAUUACUACUUUCUUUGGCAUUUACUGACUUUCUUCACGCAACUGCAAGUGGCUCUUCCCUACACCAUAUUUCUGUUAGCACAUUGGAACCCAACGUAUUUCGACCUUGAUCCGUGUUUCGUGUUGAUCUCCAGUACUCCUCUUGUGGUGCAACUGAAAAUCCAUCUCACGCUCACCAUCUCCAUUGCUUUUGAACGAACGCUGGCUCUCUUAUUUCCUAUAAUAUUUCGCAAACUUUCGCUCUCUUCAUAUGCUAUGUACUGUUUGUUAAUCGGCUGUCUAUUGGGAAUUCUUGAUCUCAUUGUGGAAUACCUUCUCACACCGUUAGAGAGAAAACCAAAUUGUGCAGCAAUCGGAUGCUUCAUUAGCAGAGAAUUCCGCUACUAUUGGGGAGCUAGCAACAUGGUCAGUCAAUUUAGGGAUUAUCUGUCAUUGCGGAUGUUCUACGGG